AUGGAAGCUAGAGGGUAUAAUUUAACCAACAUCCAAAAGAUAGAGAGGCUACAAAUUUACAUUUAUGUUGCAAUAUUCCUAGCCCUACCUUAUACCUUGUCAACGGUGCGGUGGGCCUUCUCUGCCAGCAAACGCAAGCGGUUGGAGAUCUUGUGGAAGUUUCCCGAUGAAGCUGUUGUUGAAGAGUUUCAGCUGAUGCAGAAACUUGUGUUGAAGGUGGAUGUACAUGAAGACAAAAUCAAGCAAAAAGCAAUGAAGGUUGUCUCUAGAAUUUCAGGUGUGGAGUCAGUUUCUGUGGAUAUGAAAGACAAGAAAUUAACCUUAAUUGGGGACAUUGAUCCAGUACAAGUAGUUGCAAAGCUAAGGAAGUUCUGUCACACUGAAAUAGUUUCUGUUGGAGCAGCGAAAGAGGAAAAGAAAGAAGAACCUAAAAAGGAUGAUAAAAAGAAGGAAGAUGAAAAGAAAGAUUCCACGAAAGAAAUUGUUCCAGAUCCACUCAAGUUCUAUCAAACUUAUGGCUAUUAUUAUCAGAUGAAACCACAUUACAAUCCAUAUUACAGUGCCAUAAGUGUGGAAGAGGAUCCCAAUGGUUGUGUCAUUGUCUAA